GGAGCGGGCCGCGGCGCGGAGGCGGCCGGAGCGCGGCCCCGCCAUGGGCUUCCUGCACCAGCUGCAGCUGCUGCUCUGGAAGAACGUGACGCUGAAGCGCCGGAGCCCGUGGGUCUUGGCCUUCGAGAUCUUCAUCCCUCUGGUCCUCUUCUUCAUCCUGCUGGGCCUUCGGCAGAAGAAACCGACCAUCUCUGUGAAGGAAGCCUUCUACACGGCCUCGCCCCUCACCUCCGCGGGCAUCCUGCCCGUCAUGCAGUCGCUAUGCCCAGAUGGCCAGCGGGACGAGUUCGGCUUCCUGCAGUACGCCAACUCCACGGUCACUCAGCUGCUGGAGCGCCUCAACCGAGUGGUGGAGGAGGGCAACCUGUUUGACCCAGCGCGGCCCAGCCUGGGCUCGGAGCUCGAGGCCCUGCGCCAGCACUUGGAGGCCCUCAGCUCAGGCCCGGACACCUGGGAGAGCCACUUGGACAGACCUGCAGGUGCACCCUGGGUGGGCUGGGCAGUACUUGUGCUAGGGGCCGCGGCCCGAGCUCUGGUGUCCACUGGGUUUGAACCCUGCUUGGUCACUUCCUGUCCCCGGCCUGUGUCUGUGCCUCAGGCCCUCGGCCUAAACUGCUGCUUUGAGCUCCCAGGGCACACGAGCUUGGCGGGCCCGGCUGAGCUGCCCGCCACAGUGGCUGAGCUGUGGUGCCGGAAGCUCGGCUCUGAGCCUGUGCCGGGCACCUUGGCCCAGGGCAGAGCUGGUCUUCAGCCCUGUCCUUCUGCCUGUCCAGUGUCCUCCCUCUCUCUGGACUUGGUGGCCAGGGACCCGCGGGAGCUCUGGCGUUUCCUGACGCAGAACCUAUCACUGCCUAACAGCACGGCCCAUGCCCUCCUGGCUGCCCAGGUGGACCUGCCCGAGGUCUAUCGCCUGAUUUUUGGGCCUUCGCCUGCCCUGGAUGCGGAGUCAGGACUUCCUGGGGGUCAAGAGCCCUGGAGCAGCCUGGGUAGCUUCCGGAUGGAGGAGCUGCUGUUGGCCCCUGCCCUCCUAGAGCAGCUCACAUGCAUGCCAGGCUCUGGGGAGCUGGGCCGGAUCCUCACGGCGCCCCAGGGUCAGGAGGCAGUGCUGCGGGGCUACCGGGACACUGUCUGCCGUGGGCAGGCCGCAGCCCGCGCCCGGCGCUUUUCGGGGCUGGCCGCUGAGCUCCGGAACCAGCUGGACAUGGCCAAGAUUGCCCAGCAGCUGGGCCUGGAGGCCCCCAACGGAUCAGCCCCCCAGCAGCAGCCACCACCCCCACAGCGGCUGCAGGCGCUGCUAGAGGACCUGCUGGAUGCCCAAAAAGUUCUGCAGGACGUGGACGUCCUCUCGGCCCUGGCCCUGCUGCUGCCCCAGGGUGCCUGCACCAACCGGGCUCCCGGGCCACCAGCCAGCAGCCCUGGUGGGGCAGCCAACGGCACUGGCGCCGGGGCGAGUGCGGGCUCCAACACCACGGCCGAGGAGGGUGCCCCGUCUAGUGCGGCCCCAGCCUCCUCAGACGCGCCGCAGGGCCAGUGCUCGGCCUUCGUGCAGCUCUGGGCCGGCCUGCAGCCCAUCCUGUGUGGCAACAACCGCACCAUCGAGCCUGAGGCGCUGCGGCGAGGUAACAUGAGCUCCCUGGGCUUCACGAGCAAGGAGCAGCGGAACCUGGGCCUGCUCGUGCACCUCAUGACGAGCAACCCCAAGAUCCUGUACGCGCCGGCGGGCUCCGAGGCGGACCGCGUCAUCCUCAAGGCCAACGAGACCUUUGCCUUUGUAGGCAACGUGACACACCACGCCCGGGUCUGGCUCAACAUCUCAGCCGAGAUCCGCAGCUUCCUGGAGCACGGCAGGCUGCAGCAACACCUGCACUGGCUGCAGCAGUAUGUGGCGGAGCUGCAGCUGCACCCCGAAGCGCUGAACCUGUCGCUGGAGGAGCUGCCGCCUGCCCUGCGCCAGGACAACUUCUCGCUGCCCAAUGGCUCGGCCCUCCUGCAGCAGCUGGACACGAUUGACAAUGCAGCCUGCGGCUGGAUUCAGUUCAUGUCCAAGGUGAGCGUGGACAUCUUCAAGGGUUUUCCUGAUGAGGAGAGCAUCGUCAACUACACCCUCAACCAGGCCUACCAGGACAACGUCACUGUGUUCGCCAGCGUGAUCUUCCAGACCCGCAAGGAUGGCUCCCUGCCGCCCCACGUGCACUACAAGAUCCGCCAGAACUCCAGCUUCACCGAGAAAACCAACGAGAUCCGCCGGGCCUACUGGCGGCCGGGGCCCAACACAGGCGGCCGCUUCUACUUCCUGUACGGCUUCGUCUGGAUCCAGGACAUGAUGGAGCGCGCCAUCAUCAACACCUUCGUGGGGCACGACGUGGUGGAGCCGGGCAACUACGUGCAGAUGUUCCCCUACCCCUGCUACACGCGGGACGACUUCCUGUUUGUCAUUGAGCACAUGAUGCCGCUCUGCAUGGUGAUUUCCUGGGUCUACUCGGUGGCCAUGACCAUCCAGCACAUUGUGGCCGAGAAGGAGCACCGGCUGAAGGAGGUGAUGAAGACCAUGGGCCUAAACAACGCCGUGCACUGGGUGGCCUGGUUCAUCACGGGCUUCGUGCAGCUCUCCAUCUCGGUGACCGCGCUCACCGCUAUCCUCAAGUACGGCCAAGUCCUCAUGCACAGCCACGUGCUCAUCAUCUGGCUCUUCUUGGCAGUCUAUGCCGUGGCCACCAUCAUGUUCUGCUUCCUGGUGUCCGUGCUGUACUCCAAGGCCAAGCUGGCCUCUGCCUGUGGUGGUAUCAUCUAUUUUCUGAGCUACGUGCCCUACAUGUAUGUGGCAAUUCGCGAGGAGGUGGCACACGAUAAGAUCACUGCUUUCGAGAAGUGCAUCGCGUCCCUGAUGUCCACAACAGCCUUUGGCUUGGGCUCCAAGUACUUCGCUCUGUACGAGGUAGCAGGUGUGGGCAUCCAGUGGCACACAUUCAGCCAGUCGCCUGUGGAAGGGGACGACUUCAACCUGCUCCUGGCUGUCACCAUGCUGAUGGUGGAUGCGGCUGUCUAUGGCGUGCUCACGUGGUACAUCGAGGCAGUGCACCCAGGCAUGUACGGGCUGCCCCGGCCCUGGUACUUCCCACUGCAGAAGUCCUACUGGCUGGGCAGCGGGCGGACGGAGGCGUGGGAGUGGAGCUGGCCAUGGGCUCGAGCCCCUCGGCUCAGUGUCAUGGAGGAGGACCAGGCCUGUGCCAUGGAGAGCCGGCGCUUGGAGGAGAUGCGGGGCAUGGAGGAAGAGCCUACCCACCUGCCACUGGUGGUCUGCGUGGACAAGCUCACCAAGGUCUACAAGAAUGACAAGAAGCUGGCCUUGAACAAGCUGAGCUUGAAUCUCUAUGAGAACCAGGUGGUGUCGUUCCUGGGCCACAAUGGAGCCGGCAAGACCACUACCAUGUCUAUCCUCACUGGCCUGUUCCCGCCCACGUCGGGUUCGGCCACCAUCUACGGACGCGACAUCCGCACGGAAAUGGACGAGAUCCGCAAGAACCUGGGCAUGUGUCCACAGCACAACGUGCUCUUUGACCGGCUCACGGUGGAGGAGCACCUGUGGUUCUACUCGAGGCUCAAGAGCAUGGCCCAGGAAGAGAUCCGCAAGGAGAUGGACAAGAUGAUCGAAGACCUGGAGCUCUCCAACAAGCGGCACUCGCUGGUUCAGACGCUGUCGGGUGGCAUGAAACGCAAACUCUCCGUGGCCAUCGCCUUCGUGGGUGGCUCCCGCGCCAUCAUCCUGGAUGAGCCCACGGCGGGCGUGGACCCCUACGCGCGCCGGGCCAUCUGGGACCUAAUCCUGAAGUACAAACCCGGCCGCACCAUCCUCCUGUCCACCCACCACAUGGAUGAGGCUGACCUGCUCGGGGAUCGCAUCGCCAUCAUCUCCCACGGGAAGCUGAAGUGCUGCGGUUCCCCGCUCUUCCUCAAGGGUGCCUACGGGGACGGCUACCGCCUCACGCUGGUCAAGCGGCCUGCCGAGCCGGGAGGCCCCCAAGAGCCAGAGCUGACGGCUAGCCCCCCAGGUCGGGCCCAGCUGAGCAGCUGCUCGGAGCCCCAGGUUUCCCAGUUCAUCCGAAAGCACGUGGCUUCCUGCCUGCUGGUCUCGGACACGAGCACCGAGCUCUCUUACAUCCUGCCCAGCGAGGCCGCUAGGAAGGGGGCCUUCGAGCGCCUCUUCCAGCACCUGGAGCACAGUCUGGACGCGCUGCACCUGAGCAGCUUUGGGCUGAUGGACACGACGCUGGAGGAGGUGUUUCUCAAGGUGUCCGAGGAGGACCAGUCUUUGGAGAACAGUGAAGCGGAUGUGAAGGAGUCUGGGAAAGACGUGCUGCCUGGGGCCGAGGGCCUAGCGUCAGGGGAGGCUCACCCUGGCAACCUGGCCUGGUGCGCGGAGCUGGCCCAGUCACAGGCGUCGCUGCAGUCCGCGUCCUCUGUGGGCUCUGCCCGUGGUGACGAGGGAGCCGGCUAUGCUGACGUCUGCAGUGACUACCGUCCCCUCUUCAACAACCCGCAGGACCCUGACAAUGUCAGCCUGCAAGAGGUGGAGGUGGAGGCUCUCGCGAGGGUCGGCCAAGGCAGCCGCAAGCUGGAGGGCUGGUGGCUGAAGGUGCGCCAGUUCCACGGGCUCCUGGUGAAGCGUUUCCACUGUGCCCGGCGCAACUCCAAGGCGCUGUCCUCCCAGAUCCUGCUGCCUGCCUUCUUCGUCUGCGUGGCCAUGACCGUGGCCCUCUCCGUCCCCGAGAUCGGUGACCUGCCCCCGCUAGUCCUGUCACCCUCCCAGUACCACAACUACACGCAGCCCCGUGGCAACUUCAUCCCCUAUGCCAAUGAGGAGCGCCAGGAGUACCGAUUGCGGCUGUCUCCGGACGCUAGCCCCCAGCAACUUGUGAGCACGUUCCGGCUGCCCUCAGGCGUGGGCGCCACCUGUGUGCUGAAGUCUCCGGCAAACGGCUCACUGGGGCUCACGCUGAAUCUGAGCAGUGGCGAGUCGCGCCUGCUGGCCGCGCGGUUCUUCGACAGCAUGUGCCUGGAGUCCUUCACGCAGGGGCUACCGCUGUCCAACUUCGUGCCGCCCCCACCCUCGCCUGCCCCUUCCGACUCCCCUGUGUCCCCAGAAGAGGACCCGCUGCAGGCCUGGAACGUCUCCCUGCUGCCCACCUCUGGGCCAGAGAACUGGACAUCAGCCCCCUCCCUGCCACACCUGGUGCGGGAGCCUGUCCGCUGCACCUGCUCUGCACAGGGCACCGGCUUCUCCUGCCCGGGUGGCGUGGGCGGGCACCCGCCCCAGAUGCGGGUGGUCACAGGUGACAUCCUCACCGACAUCACCGGCCACAAUGUGUCCGAGUACCUGCUCUUCACCUCCGACCGCUUCCGGCUGCACCGGUAUGGGGCCCUCACCUUCGGCAACAUCCAGAAAUCCAUCCCAGCCUCGUUUGGCGCCCGGGCCCCGGCUAUGGUGCGGAAGAUCGCAGUGCGCAGGGCAGCCCAGGUUUUCUACAACAACAAGGGUUACCACAGCAUGCCCACCUACCUCAACACUCUCAACAAUGCUAUCCUACGUGCCAACCUGCCCAAGAGCAAGGGCAACCCUGCAGCCUACGGCAUCACUGUCACCAACCACCCCAUGAACAAGACGAGUGCCAGCCUCUCCCUGGAUUACCUGCUGCAGGGCACAGACGUGGUCAUCGCCAUCUUCAUCAUCGUGGCCAUGUCCUUCGUGCCGGCUAGCUUCGUGGUCUUCCUGGUGGCCGAGAAGUCCACCAAAGCCAAGCACCUGCAGUUCGUCAGCGGCUGCAACCCCAUCAUCUACUGGCUGGCCAACUACGUGUGGGACAUGACUUUCACCCCUGCUCCCGGCCCCUCACCUGUCACCCCUGCUCUGGUAGCUCAACUAUCUGGUCCCGGCUACUUGCUGCGUCAUCAUUCUGUUUGUAUUCGACCUGCCAGCCUACACCUCACCCACCAACUUCCCGGCCGUGCUCUCCCUCUUCCUGCUCUACGGGUCCCUAGCUCAGCCUACGUGUUUCUCAUCGUCAUCAAUCUCUUCAUUGGCAUCACAGCCACUGUGGCCACCUUCCUGCUGCAGCUCUUCGAGCACGACAAGGAUCUGAAGGUCGUCAACAGUUACCUGAAAAGCUGCUUCCUCAUCUUCCCCAACUACAAUCUGGGCCACGGGCUCAUGGAGAUGGCCUAUAACGAGUACAUCAACGAGUACUACGCCAAGAUUGGCCAGUUUGACAAGAUGAAGUCCCCGUUCGAGUGGGACAUUGUCACCAGGGGGCUGGUGGCCAUGACGGUGGAGGGCUUCGUGGGUUUCUUCCUCACCAUCAUGUGCCAGUACAACUUCCUGCGGCAGCCACAGCGCAUGCCUGUGUCGACCAAGCCUGUGGAGGAUGACGUGGACGUGGCCAGUGAGCGGCAGCGAGUGCUGCGGGGGGACGCUGACAAUGACAUGGUCAAGAUCGAGAACCUGACCAAGGUGUACAAGUCUCGGAAGAUCGGCCGCAUCCUGGCUGUGGACCGCCUGUGCCUGGGUGUGCGCCCUGGCGAGUGCUUCGGCCUCCUGGGUGUCAACGGCGCCGGCAAGACCAGCACCUUCAAGAUGCUGACGGGCGACGAGAGCACAACGGGGGGCGAGGCCUUCGUCAAUGGGCACAGUGUGCUCAAGGAGCUGCUCCAGGUGCAGCAGAGCCUGGGCUACUGCCCGCAGUUCGACGCCCUGUUCGAUGAGCUCACAGCCCGGGAGCACCUGCAGCUGUACACGCGGCUCCGUGGCAUCCCCUGGAAGGAUGAGACCCGGGUGGUGAAGUGGGCCCUGGAGAAGCUGGAACUGACCAAAUAUGCCGACAAGCCAGCUGGCACAUACAGCGGAGGUAACAAGCGGAAGCUGUCCACAGCCAUUGCCCUCAUCGGGUACCCCGCCUUCAUCUUUCUGGACGAGCCCACAACAGGCAUGGACCCCAAGGCCCGGCGCUUCCUGUGGAACCUCAUUCUGGAUCUUAUCAAGACGGGGCGCUCAGUGGUGCUGACUUCGCACAGCAUGGAGGAGUGUGAGGCGCUGUGCACGCGGCUGGCCAUCAUGGUGAACGGGCGCCUGCGCUGUCUGGGCAGCAUCCAGCACCUGAAGAACCGGUUUGGAGAUGGCUACAUGAUCACCGUGAGGACCAAGAGCAGCCAGAACGUGAAGGACGUGGUGCGGUUCUUCAACCGGAACUUCCCGGAGGCCAUGCUCAAGGAGCGGCACCACACGAAGGUGCAGUACCAGCUCAAGUCGGAGCACAUCUCGCUGGCGCAGGUGUUCAGCAAGAUGGAACAGGUAGUGGGCGUGCUGGGCAUCGAGGACUACUCGGUCAGCCAGACCACCCUGGACAACGUGUUCGUGAACUUCGCCAAGAAGCAGAGCGACAACCUGGAGCAGCAGGAGACAGAGCCGCCCUCGGCCCUGCAGUCCCCCCUGGGCCGCCUGCUCAGCCUGUUCCGGCCACGGCCCGCCCCCACCGAGCUGCGGGCACUUGUGGCUGACGAGCCCGAGGACCUGGACACAGAAGACGAGGGCCUCAUCAGCUUCGAGGAGGAGCGAGCCCAGCUCUCCUUCAACACGGACACGCUCUGCUGACCCCCAGGAGCUGGCUCAAGGAUACGCUGUGGGGACAGAAGUUAGGCGGUGGCCAAGGCCCCACCCGGCAACCCCAGUGCCCGCCUGCCAGGCCCUGGAGUGGGAGGUCCAGGACCAAUGGCUUCAUGCCCCUUCUGUCCCCCGCCUGUCCUCGGCCCUGCCCAUGGCCCCACACUGCCUCCCCUGAUUGUGCCAAAGGUUGGCCCGGCCCAGGGCUGCACACACCCUCACCCUGCUCUGCCUUAAAGCCUCGGGGUCUGGCCGGCCCUUUGCCUCUGCCCCUGCCCAGCUCUGCCCGCCACCCCCAGGGUCACGGGGGUGACAUGGGCUGCCAGGAACCACCCGACCACCGGAACACACUUUUCUCUCACACCUGACCCAGAUGGCAGCAGCCACAGGCCUGGGGCAGGGUGGGGGCCAGGUUAGGUCCCCCCUCAGGCACCUAUUUAUUUUGGUUUAGGAAGAGGCUCCCUCACCCAGCUUUCAUGCAGGGAGGUCACCACCGGAGAGAAGCCAUUGGAAUGGGCCAGGGAGGGGGCUGCCUUGGGGUGGUGGGCCGGGUAGCAGGCACAGAGAAGUGGCCCCACUGGCCAGGUGAGGGGCCAGACCCCCUCCCCACCCCCUCCGGCUGCCAUCGCUCUCCCACCCAGCUUGGCCCCCUGCUCCCCACCUACCCGGGAGCCGGACUUGUACAUAGCUCAUAGAUGUUUGUUUUAAAUAAAUAAACAGAAAAGCC